UAUUUCGUUGCAGUCGAAACAGACCAUCCGAAAUGUUCUUCGCCAAGAUCCUGAUCCUGUGCACAGUCUGUUUGCUGGUUAGCACGAAGGCCCAAGGACAUGGAGCAGUUGGAGCUCCAAAAACCCUUGAGGGCGAGGACCUGGCCAGGGCCCAGCAGACGCUAGAGGCAUCCCUCACCAAACUGGCCACCGGUGAAGGACCCCACUAUCGCAUCUCCAAGAUCAUCUCGGCCACAUCUCAGGUGGUCGCUGGAUCCAAACACGUUUACUCCGUGGAGCUGAUCAACGGCGAUGGGGACACCAAGCUGUGCACCGUGGAGAUUUGGUCAAGAAGCUGGGUGAAGAACGGCGUCGAAGUGACCUUCAGGUGUGCCAACGAACCGGAACUGGUCCUAUCACACAGUGCAUAAAUAAAUACUAUCGUUUUCUAUCGAAAUAAAGGAAGUUUGUCUCUCUUGAA